AUGGCGCACAAACCACGCGCAAAUAUCACCAGAGCGGAACAGGAUGCCCUCAAGAAACUGAGGGCCGACACGAGCAUUGUGGUACUGCCAGCAGACAAAGGGCGUUCUACAGUUGUCUUGGACAAGACCGACUACAUUCAGAAGGCUAACAACCUGCUGGAUGAUCGACAGGCCUACCUCCGAUGUGAUGAUGAGCCGAUGAGGAAGCUGCUGACGCAGUUGGACAAAACGCUCGCUGAAAUGCAAACGAACAAAGUAAUAAGCAAGUCGGUACGACUGGCCGUUAAACCAACAGAUGCAGCCGCACCAAGAUUCUCCGGAUCACCCAAAGUGCACAAGGUCGAUGUCCCCCUCCGACCAAUCGUGUCACUUCGCGGCGCGCCAACAUUCAAUCUGGCUAAAUGGCUGUUCCGACACCUGAGGCCUCUCACCUCAGGCGCAACUACAACGGUCUGUUCAGCUACUCGGUUUCUGGAACGGCUCAGGGGAACACGGCUCACUGCAGACGAGGUCAUGGUGUCAUUUGACGUCACCUCUCUCUUCACUUCAAUCCCGCGGGACCUGGUCAUCGAAACGGUCAGCGAAUUGCUCGAGAGGCAGUAUGACGAGACGGACAGGUCAGUGAAGCGGAGACAUCUAGUCCAACUUCUGCCUGAAGACGUACUUCACCUUCGAGAGGACCAAGUACGAAAAAAUAAAGGGGACGCCGAUGGGACCGCCUCUCUACGGCUUCAUCGCUGA